AUGGAUCCUUCUUUUACAAUUUUUGACUCUUCAUCCUCUGAUGACGAGUUGGAUAUCAUUUUAGCUUUUUCUGUUGAAGAAGAACGGUUACAUAAUGAAAGAGGCUCAACAUCGCGCCUUGGUUCUGUUCAACGCCGUAGGUUCAUCCAGCGGAAUUCUUUGGAAGGGCACCAACGCCUUUUCUUAGACUAUUUUGCAGAAUCGCCAGUCUAUCCUCCUAAUAAAUUUCGAAGGAGGUUUCGAAUGCAACGUUCUCUGUUUAAUCGUAUUCAAAUUGCGAUAGAAGCUCAUGAACCAUAUUUCGUCCAAAGAAGAAAUGCUGCUAAAAAACUCGGACAUUCUUCCCUUCAAAAGAUGACUGCCGCACUUAGGAUGCUCGCUUAUGGAGUAUCAGGUGAUUUUAUGGAUGAAUAUUUGAGAAUUGCAGAAAACACUGCAACACAGUGUUUGCAUUAUUUUGUUAAAUCAAUUAUUUCAAUUUAUUCUGACAAGUACUUGAGGUCACCAAAUAGCGAUGACAUUACUAGACUGCUAGAGGUGAACACAAGACGUGGAUUUCCAAGAAUGUUGGGGAGCAUCGAUUGCAUGCAUUGGAAAUGGAAAAAUUGUCCAAAAGCAUGGGCAGGUAUGUUUUCUGGUCAUAUUCAUGAACCAACAAUCAUUUUGGAAGCUGUGGCAUCAUAUGAUCUUUGGAUAUGGCACGCAUUUUUUGGGUUACCAGGGUCUCAUAACGAUAUCAAUGUAUUAGAACAUUCUUCUUUAUUUAACGAGCUCGCUGGAGGGCGUGCUCCAUCGGUGAACUAUUCAAUCAACGGUAAUGACUACACAAUGGGAUAUUAUCUCGCUGAUGGUAUAUAUCCUUCAUGGUCAAAAUUUGUAAAAACAAUUCAUGCUCCGCAAGGAAAUAAGAGAAAACAUUUUGCAAAAAAUCAAGAGUCAGUAAGGAAAGAUGUAGAACGUGCAUUUGGGGUGCUUCAAGCACGAUUUGCAAUUGUGCGUGGACCUGCUCGUUCUUUCGAUCAUGAAAUGCUUAAAAACAUCAUGAUGGCGUGCAUAAUAUUGCAUAACAUGAUUGUUGAAGAUGAGCGACAUCUAUACCUUGGAGCAGAUGAUUUUGUUUACGAUCAACUCGAUGAGAGUCUCUACGAACGAGUGCCGCACACUGCGAAUCAACAACUUACGAACUUCAUUGAACGUCAUCAUCGCAUUAGAGACAGAGUAACUCAUUCUCAGUUGCAAUCAGACCUCAUCGAGCAUUUAUGGCAAAUACAUAGCCAAUCAUAA